AUGGCCUUUUGGGUUCGCGGCGGGAGAGAGCAGACUUUUGGUCCGAACCAUGGAGAGGGGCAGAAGCGGCCAUAUUACUAUGUGGAUGACGAGGCAAUUGAAACAGUCAAUCAGCCAUUGCGGGCCUUUGACGACGACGGCGACGACACUGACGGCAGCCGUCAUCAAUUGCCGGCAUCCUACCACCAGCACGUCCCAGAAUGCGAUAUCCCCUACCAGUCGAUUGAGCCCCGAGAAGACACACCAGCAGAGACACAUGUCUUCUUCAUCCUACACGAGGAAGGCCCCAACGAGGCGCGGUCGCUUUCGUCGCAGUCCCCGUUGCCCACUAGGGGUGGUUCAUCGCCUGGCCUGGAUAGAUAUUCUCCCCUGCCCCGGCCAACAACUAUCUGGAAGAACGGCUCGGACCUGAAAGCGUUUGCCUCUCCUCAGCCAUAUUACGCCCAAGAAUCUGUCCCGGUACCUGUCGCGAAGUUGCCACGGUAUGAAGACUGGCGGGAUAAAAACCACUUGUAUGACACAACAUCCGGCCAAAUAAAUGUCGUGCGGUCUCCCUCGCCGUACGAGGUGGUGGUGCGGCGAGCAGCCAGUCGGAGACAGACACCAGAUGAUACGGCACCACAUAUUUAUGCACACUCACACUCUGUGAGCGAAGGAUGGGCGGCUCGAUCAGAUGCUCAGAACACCGGAUCGCGUGACCACUAUCAACUGGAACGACAACAACUCGAUCCGCACAUGGUCCAGUCUAUUAGCUGCUCCAGUCAGGACCGCGGUGCCAGCAAGCCGUCGGAGACACUUCUAACCGAUGCCGAAGCAGCCGUCAGUGUCGGCGCCCACCUCGCCAGCUUCAACCGCCGGUUUCCGUCGUCGCGCCACGAGCGCAUCUUGCUCGGCCUGAUUCAUCCCAAGUCGGUGGAUGCAGAAUUUGAUCUUGACAACAGCGCCCUGGAGAGCAUCUUCUCAUCCGCCAACGAGAUUUUCUUCAACGGCCGCCUAACCCAGCGUGUCCAGUGGGACUGGUCCGACGCCAGCUCCAACCCGCAAUACGACAACAAGAUCAUUGGCCACACCUCCCUCCGCCGUGCCCACAUUGGCGGUUUCGAGACGUUCGUUCUGCUGUCGACACCAAUCUUGAGGAGCCGCGAAUACAGCCGCCGUCUGCUCAUCUCGGCGUUUCUACACGAGCUGAUCCACUGCUACUUGUUUAUAUGCUGCGGCUGGAGUGCACGCGAGUCUGGCGGCCAUACGGACGGCUUCCGGCGCAUUGCCGACACCAUUGACCAGUGGGCGGGGCGCGAGAAUUUGUUUCUCUGCCAGGUAGAAGCGGACCUCGAGCGUUUCCGGCAGCCGCCAGAGUGGAAUGCAGCUCCAGACGAGACGUCCGUUGUGGACUAUAGCGGCUACUCGCUGGCCUCUCCCAUCCUUUACAAUGCUCGUCUGUGUAACCCAACCAAUUCCAACACGGACUGGGAGCGCUGCUUGCAUGACCGGUGGGAACAUCGCCAGCACCACCACAGCGCGCCUUCCGACCACACCUAUUCAUGGACUUAG